AUGAACAAUGGAACAAUAGAACAAUGGGUUCAGGAAUGGGAUGUGACAAGGUGGCAAGGCAGAGAUGUGGAACUCAAUGCCAUCUCGUGUGCAGUGCGCCUUGCUGUUAAGCAGGCAAACUGCCAACAUAUUAUGGUCUUUACUGACUCUAUGGGCUCAGUCCAUAGAGCGGUUGACCCUGGCGUGCAUUCCGGUCAGGCUUUUAGCCUGUCAGUUUGUCGCGCUCUUCAAGAGUGGUUUGAGGCGGAUGAUUUCCGCUGCAUUACCUUCGUCUACGUCCCAUCCGCUCUGCGGUGGGAUAUUCAUGGUGAAGCACACAAGUACGUCACUGAGCUCAAAGUCAGGCUUGGACGUCGUAAGACGGACAACUCUAUAGACGCGCUGCGCUCUCGAGCGGCGCACUCAGUCCUGGAUUCGUGGAGCUCCACUUUCCAGGAUCCAACCUACCGAGGCUCUGAAUUCUUAGAGCUUCAACAGCCUGACGGGCGGCUGCUACAGCCAUCGUACCUCAAUGGGGGACCUUGGCUUUCAACCUUCGGACACAGUAUCACUGAGUUCACCUGCGUUUGCCAGUGUAUAACUGGCCACACGCCCAUUGGAGCGUAUUACCGUUGCUUCAAGAUCAAUGAGCCUCACGGCUGCACUUGCGGGGCUGCUUUGCAGUCUUGCCAGCAUAUUCUCCUUCGCUGUCGCGAUCGCUACUCCGUGCAUUACCCCUCUUGGGGAUAUUGCAUCAAGCGUUUGGCUUCAACCGAGACCCCUUCGGGUGUCGGAUAA